GCGAGCGAUCUCUUUUGAGGCAUCCAUGAUCCCUUCGCCGUACGCGUUCUACGUACCACUCAGUCCAUCUCCGGGCGUCCAAUCACUCACCCCACCUCCCAUUGCCCUAACCGAGCAAGAGACCCACGAGAGACGGUUUAUCGCUGGUGCAUUCGACGACGUACUUCCGAUACAAGAAACUGAAGCCAACACUCAACAAUCGACUCCGAGUGGCCCCAGUACACCCACUAAAACGCCUCAGCGAGGCGUGCGACCAAUAUCCCGACGAUCCCGUGCUCGUUUUCCGUGGCCUCAGGGGAUCUCUGAAGCUGAUCGGCUUUUGGUCGCGUUUCGAUGUCUUCAACAAGCAGGGUUUGACGGCUUGGGCGAUUUUAUCGCGGCAGCUCUCAGAAAGCAGAAAUGGGAAAAGAAGCACUCGCCAGUGACACAGUUCGUCGCCAAUUUCCUGCAAUGCCGUUCAUUAGACAAGCAGACACAUCCCAUCGCAAUUGUGGAUGCCAUGUAUUCGGACGACAGGUCGCGCAAGCGAUAUGACACCGAAUCACGACCCAUCCAGUUCGAGCUUCCAAGAUACGCACUCCCCCCAUCGCUGCGUCUUUUGGCGACCCUGCCCCCCUCUCCCACUGGCACAUACAGUACGCAUGACGCCUUUCUCAACUGGGCCUUGCAGAGAAUGAUCGAGCGCUGGAGGGAAGAAGCCGACGCACUCAUAGACCCGGUUCACGGACUUGUUCGGAUAACAAGGCGCGGAGAGACACCGACUUGGUCUCAAAUGCUCAGCUUCAGCAUUUCCAAGCACCAAGAGACCAUUGCGACUGUAGCACCGGCAAUCUUCGCGGGCAUCACCACCGUCAGCGUCAAUUCCGAAGUGCAGGAGAAGUUGGAGGCUGCGGCGACGGGAUUGUCUCAGACGAACAGCAGGAAUCCGUCAGUGGGACAAGAGCAGGCUGAGGACGAAGAAGAUCAACCCGAAGCGUUGCCGAGUCGUGGUGUUCCUUCAGACGUAAAACGGGAUCCAUGGCAGGGCUCAAUCAUUGUGAUCCUCGUGCUGUUGUACUUCAAGUAUCGGUUCGCAAUCAUAUUCCCGACGUUCGUUGGCUUGUUUCUAUACACAUGCAAUGUCCAUCGCGAUGUUUUCUCGUUCCUUUGUCGCAUUGGUCUCUCGAUCCACUAUUCGACAGUCCUCAACAUCUUGAACAAUCUCGCCAGCGAUUCAUCCGAGCAUCUGAUCAAGCUGGGAGCUGCCUGUGCGCUCUCACAGCCGCUCUUUCUCCUGCUCUUUGAUAACAUCAAUAAGAUGCAGCGCGCAUGGCGGAAGGUUCUUGGCCACAGUGACACCAUUGCGAAUGGCACAGCAGCGACAGUGAUUGGUCUCGAAGAUGUCACUUAUGAUGCUAUGCAAUCAGCACCGUUGCUGGAGAACGUCCGUGCUCGCAAGCGUCAAAACCUAUCUUUGGAGCAGUUGCUCAAGGACAUAGAUUGGGGCCAUAUCCGGGGAGUCGGAGGAGCGACUGUGUUAGGUGUCUGGGCUAAGUCCGUUGAUUCACUCCGCAAACAUCAAUCCGCUGCCGCUGAGCUGUUGACUGUCAAGCACGCAAAGCACCGUUUGCGGGAACGCCGAAGUGUUAUUCGCACGAUGCGGACAACUAAUGUCGAUGAAUCCCAGACGACUGGAGUUGCGGCCGAACUCUCGAAUCUCAUAUCCGAUCAGAUGCAGAUUGCGGGACAUUGGCUCAAUUGCUGGCUAGUCAUGGUCUGCGGAGAUCAGCUCAGCAUCGACCGAAUCCGCAAAUUGAAAAUCUAUACUGCGAAGACCGAUAACGCAUUCGAUCGUCAUGACUAUGCUCUGCCCAUCCUCCAGUUAUGGCAUCUCAAAUGGAAUUGGCAGAAGGCCAUCUUCCGGCUCCAUUGGUACCAACCAACCGGCAAAGGCAUAUUUGGACUUCAUCAUGAUGUCGAUCUGCUUCAGCGGAGCAAGUUCAACCCAAUCAAAUGUGACUUCUAUCCUGCUCAUCACAUCCUCGAUGACCGGUUUGAUAGUCUGAUCCUUCAUAUUCUUCGGAUUCUCUGCGAAGAACGCACUGGAAUUAUACAUCCAGCUUGUGUCACGCUUCUUGAGGGAUUGGAACUUUAUUUCCAAGACGGCGGGCCAAUGGCCAACACAACUUUUGACGAGCUCCUGGAUCUUGCCAAUCUCGCCUAUCGACGGUAUAUUGGUAACUCUGCCUAUGAGGAUGCGCAAGGUAUCUGGCCGCGCGACCCCAACAUCCACGGCCCUCCGACACCAGUACAGGCUAAUGAACCACUGGUUUUGCCUCCAGCAGGGGAUGCGGCUGUGGACGACCCAAUGGAAGAGGUGGAGGAACUAGAUGCACCUGAUGAGCCCGACACAGUUGAUGCAGAUAACGGUGACCCGCGUGAUAAUUGGAAUGACGAGAACGAACGGCCUGCUCGGAAGAAGCGCAAGACUCGUGCGUCUAAAGCUAAAGCAGCUGAGGCCAAGAAUAUCAAUGGGAAUGAUCAAUGCUUCUCUACAACCGUCAACUUCCUCCGGAUGACCUUCCUGUACAUGGAGAUGUGUUCCGCUGUUGCUGGUGGCGAUAUUGGGCGCGUUUUCGAGGUUAUAAAGGUCCUGCAAUUCUCGUUCUGGGGCGCGGGAUCCACCAAUUAUGGCAACGAGCUGUUGGAGCUGGCGUGCAACUUCCUCUAUGAAUUCCCUCCCGAGUUGAUGGAGGCAGUGUUGAACAAUUAUCUUGUUAACACGCUUGGCCUCCCGGGUCAUUGGCUCGAACUCGACCUCCUCCAAGAACACCACAACUUCUGGAUCAAGCGUCUCUUCAACUCGAAGAGUCAGGACUUCGAUUCUAAACAUCUUUCCGAAGCGGUCUCGUUGAACAUACACGGCUUCAGCGAGCUCCGCAAGUCCUUUCCUGAGACUUUUGGUCUCAAACCAAACAGCGGGAUCCAUGCCAAAUCCGACACGAGCAGCGACAUCAACGCGUUGGGAUUCCACUAUCAGGCUGACAACAUCUUGCGCUACAUUCCAGGAAGGAAUGGUCACGUUGUUCCAAAUGAAUUCAUUGUUGGGCGCCAAAUCUUGGCAGGAGGAAAACUGGCUGAAUUCCUUGAGCGAACGACAGAUCCCAGCAAGUCUCGCCAAGUUCAUCCCGAAAUGGAUAACUCGGAAGACGAUUCGGACGAAGAUCGAUUUCCAGCCAAUCCAAUUAUGUUGACAUCAUCCGGUGCUCGACAUCUUGAUGCAUUCUCAGUCGGUGAUAUGUGGUAGACUAAGUAAUUGUAUGUAAGUAAGUGCGGUGAAUACGUGUUAGUAUAGAAUCGUAGCAUUAGGGAUUAGAAAGUGAGACGUAAAGAAAUAAGUAGUGUUAGAAACAUGUAAUCAGACCGGCUGGUUCUCCUUAUUGGAGGCUUUCCGUUUCUUUGUGGGCUUCUUGACAGCGUCUGACAGCGCGUUUCGCUUCUGUGGUAUUGUCGAAGGAGUGGAACGUGGGAUAACAAUGCGCAGAGAUUGAGACGACGAUUGGGCAGGAGGGACAGCCACCGGUUUGAUAUCCUUCUCUGCGGCCACCGGGACAGGCACGCCCACUUGAGUUUCCGUGGUGCAUUCUUCGAUGAUGGCUUUGUAUUCCGGCAGGAUCUGGACCAUAAACUUGAAUAGCUUGUCGCCCAACUCCUCCUGUCUGGCCCAGUCAUG